CCUUCCGAUUCGACCCCAAACCUGCGGUGAAGCCAAUCCAUCUCUCACCUCGUCCCUGAGGAAUGGACACGCGUUGUUCCCUGCUUGCUCCCCCCAGUCUAUGGUCCCAUCGCUUUCCGUCCAUCCCUCCACCUCCACUACGCCGCUUGACGACUGGGAGCAGCAGCAGCAAGCAGUACUACUACUACCACUACUACCGCUUCGGCUACCACUACUAACUACUACUUCGAUUACUACCACCACGACCACCACUGCCACUACUAAUUAUCCACCCGACUACUAAAUAAUACGACUUACGACUACCACCCCCAGACAACAUCAACAACCUGGGGCCACACACUUCUUGGCUUCCCGCACUACUCAAU